UAUGUUCCUGAGCUCGGUCACGGAGCGGGACUUGGAGUCAGAACGAGCCUAAAAGAAGUUUUUAAAAACUCGCCGUUACCGACCGAACCGGCACACACGGAGGCUCCGGUACCGACAGGAGCCCCACAGUUUCCGGUACACCGGCAGAACCAGUCAGAGCCACCCCUGAACCCGGAGUCCCGCUCCUUCGCAGCUCCGCGGGGCCCGGCGAGGCGCGGCGGGAGGAGAUGGAGCCCGCACCGGCGAAGGCGAAGCCGCAGGGCCGGCUACUGGUGUCCACCCAGCUGGACGCUAAAGACGAGCUGGAGGAGAGAUUGGAGCGUUGCGUUGGAAUCGUCCAGUCGUUGACCAAUGGGCUGUCAGACAGAGAAGCCAAUGACGCGCUCACCGGCAACGUGUGUAAAGGUCAGCAGCAGCAUGAGGAGGUGUGUCUGGGUCUUUUCACUUUGGUCCUCACAGAACCCGCCCAGGCCCAGAGGUGUUACAGGGACCUGACGCUGCUCACCAGAGACGGGAUGAACGUGGUACUGGUGAAGAUCAACCAGAUCCUGAUGGAGAAGUUCCUCAAGCUGCAGGACGUCCCCAGAACCCAGUUGGUGUGGCUGGUCAGAGAGUUGGUGAAGAGUGGCGUGAUGGGAGCCGACGGUGUCGUCAUGACGCUCCUCAAACAGAUCGCAGGAGGAGACAUUUCCACCAAAAACCUGUGGUUGGCUGAGAGCGUCCUCGACAUCUUGCUGGACCAAAAGGAGUGGGUGUUGAAGAGCGGGAUGCUGAUCGCCAUGUCGGUCUACACCUACCUGCGCCUCAUCGUGGACCACGGAGCACUGAACCUGCUGACUCUGCGUCAGAAAGAGGUCGACUACUGCAUCGGCAUGCUGAGGGAGAAGUUCAUGGAGUGUCUGAUCAUCGGCAGAGAUCUGGUUCGUCUGCUGCAGAAUGUCGCUCGGAUACCGGAGAUGGAGCUGGUGUGGAAAGACCUGCUGCACAACCCCCAAGUCCUCAGUCCUCAGUUCACAGGUGUUCUUCAGCUGCUCACUGCUCGAACUUCCAGGAAGUUUCUGGCGUGUCGUCUCACACCUGACAUGGAGACCAAGCUGCUGUUCAUGACCUCCAGGGUACGUUUCGGGCAGCAGAAGCGGUAUCAGGACUGGUUCCAGAGACAGUACUUGUCCACAGCAGAGAGCCAAUCACUGCGCUGCGAUCUGAUUCGUUACAUCUGUGGUGUGGUCCAUCCGUCCAAUGAGGUGCUGAGCUCUGACAUCCUGCCGCGCUGGGCCAUCAUUGGCUGGUUGCUCACCACCUGCACGUCGAACGUUGCCGCCUCCAACGCCAAGCUGGCGCUCUUCUAUGAUUGGCUGUUCUUCAACCCGGAGAAAGACAGCAUCAUGAACAUAGAGCCAGCCAUCUUAGUGAUGCAUCACUCCAUGAAGCCUCAUCCCGCCAUCACUGCCACGCUGCUGGACUUCAUGUGCCGGAUCAUCCCUCACUUCUUCCCUCCAUUGGAGUCUCAGGUCCGUCAGGGCGUCUUCAACUCGCUGACCUUCAUCAUGGAGAAGAGAGUGCUGGCUCACCUCGCUCCACUCUUUGAUAACCCAAAAUUGGACCGAGAGCUGCGAUCGAUGCUCCGAGAGCGUUUCCCUGAGUUCUGCAGCGCACCUUCGCCCCCGACUGAAGUCAAAAUGGAGGAGGUUGUUUCCUUGGAGUUGGACAACCAUGUGUUGGACAAGGAGGAGGGUUGCUAUGACAACACAGAGGCCGCCUUCAGCGACGACGAGGAGGAGGUCAACAACAAAGGAAAGAAGAGGGAGUUCAGGUUCCAUCCAAUCAAAGAGGCUGUGGUUGAGGAACCCGCUGACAUCACACCCUGGCUCGACCAAUUAGACGACACCAUGAAGGAGAAAGUCCAGCAGCUGCAGAAGACCAGUGACACCGAGACUCAGUGUGAGGUCAUGCAGGAGAUCGUGGACCUGAUCCUGGAGGAGGACUUUGACACGGAGCAGAUGUCUGCUCUGGCGUCCUGUCUGGCGGAGCUGUUUAAAGAUCACUUCAGAGGAGAUGUGCUGCCGGAAGAGAUCACUGAGGAGUCCCUGGAGGAGUCGGUGUCCAAACCGGUCUGCCUGGUCUUCAGGAACCUGGUCACCAUGCAGGAGGACAACAGCGGCUUCUCAGUGCUGCUCGACAUGUUGGCAGAGUUCUACCAGAAACAGCCCAAGAUCGGAUAUCACCUGCUGUACUACCUCAAAGCCAGUAAAGCGGCGAACGGGAAGAUGAUGCUGUACGAGUCCUUCGCUCAGGCGACGGCGCUCGGCGACCUGCACACCUGUCUGAUGAUGGACAUGAAGGCGUGCCAGGAGGACGACGUCCGGCUGCUCUGCUACCUCACUCCCUCCAUCUACUCUGAGUUUCCAGACGAGACGUUAAGAAGCGGUGAGCUGCUCAACAUGAUCGUCGCUGUCAUCGACUCCACACAGCUGCAGGAGCUGAUGUGUCACGUGAUGAUGGGGAACCUGGUGAUGUUCAGGAAAGACUCGGUCCUCAACAUCCUCAUUCAGUCCCUGGACUGGGAGACUUUUGAGCAGUACAGCACCUGGCAGCUGUUCCUGGCUCACAGUAUUCCUCUGGAAACCAUCAUCCCCAUCCUGCAGCACCUCAAAUACAAAGAACAUCCAGAGGCCUUGUCCUGUCUGCUGCUGCAGCUCCGCAGAGAGAAGCCCAGUGAGGAGAUGGUGAAGAUGGUCUUGAGUCGUCCCUGUCAUCCCGAGGACCAGUUCACCACCAGCAUCCUGAGACACUGGGCGUCCAAGUACGACGACACGCUGGGAGAACACAUCAAGGCCCAGCUGAUCAAGAACAACAACCAGCCCCGCAAGAGACAGAGUCUCCGCAGCUCCAGCAGUAAACUGGCUCAGCUGACCCUGGAACAGAUCCUGGAGCACAUGGACAACCUGAGACUGAGUCUGAGCAACACCAAGAACAACUUCUUCACUCAGACCCCGAUCCUUCAGGCACUGCAGCACGUACAGGCGAGCUGUGACGAAGCACACAAGAUGAGGUUCAGCGACCUGUUCGCCCUGGCGGAGGAGUACGAGGACUCUCAGUCGAAGCCUCCCAAGUCUCGCCGUAAGGCUCCGGCUUCCUCACCACGCUCCAGGAAGGGAGCGGCUCCGCCCACCAACAACGAGGAGGAGAGUGCUUCCAGCAGCGCCUCGGAGGAGGAGGACUCGAAGCCCAAAGCGCCGAAGAGGAAGAGGAAAGGCUCGUCAGCGGUCGGCUCCGACAGCGACUGACGGAACCCUCUGACCAAUCACAUGCCAGCUACGCCACAGGGACCGUCAGCCAACCAGCCGCUCUGACACUGGAAGAGGCCCCGCCCCCUUCCGAUUACACACACUGACUGCUGCCAUGGGAGGGGCGGGGCUCUGAGGCGCCACAGACUUUGAAAUCCAUGUGAUGAACGGACUGUUGCUGUUUCCAUGGAGAUGAGGACUGACUGAGCUCAGGGUCACAUGUCACGGUGUGGUUACUCUCCCAUGAUGCACCACGAACUCUGGAACAGUGACUGAUUUUAAUACACGAUGAUGAUGAUGAUGAUGAUGAUGUUGAUGAUGUUGAUGACGAG